AUGACCAUUCAGCUCAUGCGAAACUCCAGCGGUAAUGACGCCAUCGUUCAACUAGGAUUUGACCAGAUCACGCGAGCCAUGGUUGAUGCUUUCUUUGAAGAAGUUUACCCAUGCUCAGUGUUUGGCUUCCUACGCAAGAAUCCUUUCUACGAAUCUUUCGAGAAUGGAUAUGUCUCUCGAGGUCUUUUAUUGUCCUUGUGUUCCUUGAGCGUUAAAUAUGUGCUCCCAAAGCACGAGGAGCAGUCUCGAAGAUGGAGUGCUGAAGCCAAGUCACAUGCUCACAGAGAUAUAGAAAGUGGCCAGGUGACGGCAUCAACAUUAGGUUCGCUCAUCUUGUGUUUCCACCAGGAGUUAUUCAAUCGAAUAUUUGGCGCUGCUUGGAUGACUUCCGGGGUGGCGAUAAGGUUAGCUUUUGCAUUACGAUUCAACUUAACCCCCAACACUGCUCCCCCUGGAACCCUCCCUAUGGCCUGGGCGGAUGGAGAGUCACGCCGACGAAUGAUGUGGGCAGUAUACGCCAUGGACAUAGUACUCCAAUGUACCAAGAUCUUCUUUACGAAUCCAACUUCCAUGCGAUGA